AUGGCCUCACAACCAGCACCGCCGCGUUCUAUCGACACCACAGCACACCUCCGCCACCUGUCCAUCCUCAAAUUGACCACUACAUCCCCCUUCCGCGACGUUGCCCGUUCCCUCCUCCUUGCCCGCCAAGAGACAUCGCUUCUCCUCCGCCAGUCUCAGCUUCACGCAGAAGGACGCGCACAGCCGCUCUCGCUCGACAAGAUCAAUCGGUACUAUGCGCUCACAGAGGCGAUGCAUGCUGUCGUGAAGUAUCUGCCAGGGCAGGGUUUAGAACAGUACUGUGGUCUGCAUCCUGCAAGACCAGUCAUUGUUCCGCUGGAGGAGGAACCAAGGAACCGGCUGAUUGACCCGCAGCUCUUGUACUGGGAGUUCGAGAAUGGGGAGCGGCUGGGCAGUGGGCAGGAGAGUGCUACCGCACAGUGGGUGAGGGCACAGCAAGGUCAGCAGUACGAGCAGGAACAAGAUGAUGGUGCAAACAAGGGCGGCUUCCAAUAUGGUCAGCAAGGCGCGCAGAACCAGUAUGCUCUGCAUGGUCAGCCGCAGUACCAGCAGCAGCCGGUGCCCAUCGCUAUUCAGCGUGGACCGCAGCACCAGUACAGUCAGAACGCUCAGCAGCACUUCUCGCAGGUCACACCUGCCGUCCGUCAGCAAGGCAUGCAGUAUAACGUCGCCAAUCAACGCUUCCAAACUCAAGGAUCGCCUAUAUCUGGCCAGCAAGACAUCCAGGACAACAUGGCCACUGAGCUCUUCAUGCCUCCACCACCACUUACGUCUGGUCAGCAAGGGCUCCAAACCCAGCACGGCAACGUUACUCAACCUACUCAACAGCAGAGCACUGCUCAUGGCUACAAUCUCCGCGGCCAGGUCACCAGAUACGCGCCUCAGCAUGGUGGAUUCGUCGACCACACUCGCCAACAGACUCGCUAUCCCGGUACUCGCAAGCACUUCACCCCGCUGCCUUACCUUGCCCAGGAUGCAAUCCAGCAACAGCGACAGCAGUCAACCCCUAUUGACACCUCCACGAAUGCCGCCGCGCCCAAGGAUCCGACGUACCCCUCCCCACCAGAGGCCUCCCCGGUCCCAAACAACUCGUCAGCCACACCCGGUCCAAUGCAGUCGCGGCCCCUGAACAUCUCAAGCUGGGCAGCCCCCCUACCCGACUCCUUAUUGGUCACACCUGCACGACCGACACACCGUUCGGACGGUCGUAGGAUUCAGUACUGUACGUAUAAUGGAUGUCCGUACGAGACGGUGCAUCUUGGGCACUAUGCGAGGCAUUUGAGGGGUCAUGAGGUCAAUGCCUGA